UUUUUUCCUUAAUUUAUUUUAUUUUAUGUCCACAUAACGCUUAUUCAUUCUUUCGCAAAGUCGGCCCCCGUUACAUAACUAUAAAAGCUGACCACUGGCCCGAAGCAACUUACAUUGCAACAGGUGCUCUCUCUCCAGCCUCUCGACAAGAUGAAUGCGCUCGUUCUUGCAAGUUUGCUCCUCUCGGUGGCCAUCGGGGAAGCCCACCCCCUUCUCGGUCAUCUCGGAGCCUCCUCCGCCCACGGUCACCUUCUCUCCGGACACGACGCCCAUGGAAGCAGCGCUUAUGGUGGUCAGAGUCAUCACGGAGACGCGGGAUAUGCUACUCAUGGCAACCACGCACUCUCAUCCCAUGGCGCUCAUUCUGCUCAUGGUGCCCAUGGUAACCACUUCGGCAAGUACAAAAAUGUUGGUGCGUACAGCCACGACAAAGGAGAGGGAUACGAGAAGGCGUACCAUUACGAUAAAGUGUCAGGACACCACGACAUCAUCGCUGAUCACGGUGGUCACCAUGCCUCCUAUGGCGACCAUGGUGUAAAUUCCUAUCACGAUUCUGGAGCCCACGGAGCCAGCGGACACAGUGAUUACGGAUCUCACAACAAACAUAGUGGACACAAUUAUGGCACCCAUGGAUAUCUUAAAUCUGGUCAUGGCGGACAUGGUAGCUACACUUCUGGUCAUGGAUUGGGAGGAUACACUGCCAUACAUGGAGGGUACCCAGCAAGUCAUGGAGCCGGUUACAGUGCUGAUUACGGAAGCAGUCACGGAUACUCAAAAGUCUAUUUUAAAGGACCCGGCUAUGGCUACCAUUAUUGAAGAAAGAAAAUCAACCCAGAGAUAG